AUGUCUUUACAAGAUGUAUCAAAUGAUUCAUCAAUGAUUAACUGGCUUCACCAGGCUGGCCAUGGACAUUUAGUCGCAGAUCAGCAUCGUUCUGCUGUAAUGUCACCAUCGACAUCGGCACCAAUAGUUACUCAUAAUUAUGAUAAUACGGAUCGUUAUGGGGAUUUAUAUAAUGGUGCUGUAUCGUAUGCACAAGCUGAUCAUUUGCAUGGUCAAUCAUACGGCACUCAAUAUAGACAUGAAGAUUUUGUUUCAUCUCCAACACAAUUUCUUGCACCUUAUUCACAUCAACAAUCAUAUGAUGCUGAUGUUGAAAAUCUGAAACGUGAUCCAAAUACUCGUGUUGUACAAGGGCCAGCACAAGGCAAUGUUGAAUACAAACAACGAAUUUUUGUGCGAUAUUUACAACCUCCAACUCCACCUGUAAGUGGAUCAAUUAUUAUUCGAGAAAAACAGCUACCUCAACCACCUCCUGAGUCACCUCUUAUUAUCAGACGUGCUCCGCCACCACCACCUCCAACUCCACCACCAGUUGUUAUUCGUGAACGGCCACCACCAAUUCCACCACCUCAACCAACUACUAUUAUCAAUAAAAUAAUUCCAGCUCCACAAAAACCUCCACGUCAAGUAAUCAUUGAACAAUAUCCUCCACUACCACCCAAACCGCAAAACGUUAUUAUAGAAAGGUGGCUUCCAGUAGCACCGCGCCAACGACGUGUUAUUUAUGAACGUGCACCCCCUCCUAUGAUUCAACAACCGAGACCACCCCUUAUUGUUCAACAUGCUCAACCACAAGUAAGAGUUAAUCCUGAAAUUUUCACUGAUCCUUGUCCAAAAUGUCCUUGUCAGCAAGUAGCACAAGUUUGUGGUUGCCAACAAAGUUGUUCAACAGUAUAUCCUUCAUCUCUUACUUCAUAUAAUCCACAUUCUAUAAUACAACCCGCUUAUGGUGGUAUGAGUUGUCCUCAAUCGGACGUUGUUGUUAUGCAAAGUGGAGCAGCAAAUACCAUAUCUUCGUCAUCUUAUGGAAUGCCAUAUAGUUGUGUAUGUCAUUCGCAGACAAUCGCCGGAUUAGGUGGAUACAGUGGUAGUAUAACAACUGUGCCAACUGUAGGUCAUUCUUGUGGACAGUCAAUGGUUUAUCAAGUACCUGCAAAUGUUCCGGUCGAAAAUAUUCUUCGUCAAUUUGGUAUUGAACCCGGUACUAUUCAACAUCCAGCACAUUUUUGA